UGGGAGGGGGUCCUCAGCAGGUGAUGCGGUGGCCACUGGGCCCUGUCUCCCCGGACCCUGGGACCCAGCUGCAGAGGGCUUGAGUCCAGACAGGUAGUGACAGCUCAAGACAGCAAAUCCAGGUGACCUGCUUCACUGGGGCACCCCGGAAAAAGCCCCGAGCCCAGCCUACGUGGACCACUCCUUGCGUUCUCCCGGCCGCAUCUUCUAUUCUCAGGCAGACCCCGACGGGAAGGCAGCCACGCCCGGGUUUUGUAGACAAAGAAACUGAGGCUCCGGAAGAUGGAGUGACUGCCGGGGUCUCUGGGGUUAGUGACGGGCCGUGGAACCCAGACCCACCUGACUCUGGGGAAUUCCAGGCCAGGCUGAGGUGUAAGCACCCCCUCCACCAGACAGGGCAGCCCCACCAGGAGCCUCGGCCAUGGCCUCAGAGCCUGAGAAGCGGGUCGCCUCCUCUGUCUUUAUCACCUUGGCUCCCCCACGUCGAGAUGCGGCUGCGGUUGAGGAAGUGAGACGGGCAGCUUGCGCGGCCCGGCCUGGCCGCCCCUGGGAGUCUCCUGCCGCCACGAAGGCACCUGGAGCUGGCUUGGCAGGGAGACCCGGCCCCUGGACACCCUCUGGCAGGGCUGCGGCCACAGUGCCAGCUGUCCCCACUCAGCUCUCCAAUGGAGGGUGUCCUCUUCCUCCUCCCGCCCUGGAUGGCGAGGACGUGCUCCCCGACCUGGACCUCCUCCCGCCUCCGCCGCCCCCACCGGCCUACCCGCCUCCGCCCAGCAACGAGGACGACGAGGACAUGGCCCCUGCCCCGAUGGGGGCAUCACUCAUUUCCGACUUAGAGCAGCUGCAUCUGCCCCCGCCCCCGCCCCCACCACAGUCCCUGGCAGAGGGGCCUCCAUUCCAGCUUCAGCCUAGUCGUCUGGGGCCCACGGAGGAGGAGCUGCCGCCGCCUCCAGACGAGCCUGUCGGCUUCCCGGAGAGAGAGGCGUCCACAGACGUCUGUGCCUUCUGCCACAAGACUGUGUCCCCCCGAGAGCUGGCUGUGGAAGCCAUGAGGAGGCAGUACCACGCCCAGUGUUUCACGUGCCGCACCUGCCGCCGCCAGCUGGCCGGGCAGAGCUUCUACCAGAAGGAUGGGAGGCCCCUCUGUGAGCCCUGCUACCAGGACACCCUGGAGAAGUGUGGCAAGUGUGGCGAGGUGGUCCGAGAACACAUCAUCAGGGCCCUGGGCCGGGCCUUCCACCCAACCUGCUUCACGUGUGUGACCUGUGCCCGGUGCAUCGGGGAUGAGAGCUUCGCCCUGGACAGCCAGAACGAGGUGUACUGCCUGGACGACUUCUACAGGAAAUUCGCCCCGGUGUGCAGCAUCUGCGAGAAUCCCAUCAUCCCCCGAGACGGCAAGGAUGCCUUCAAAAUCGAGUGCAUGGGAAGAAACUUCCAUGAAAAUUGCUACAGGUGCGAGGACUGCAGGAUCCUCCUGUCUGUGGAGCCCACGGACCAAGGCUGCUACCCGCUGAACGACCGUCUCUUCUGUAAGCCGUGUCACGUGAAGCGGAGCGCUGCGGGGUGCUGCUGAGGGCGCCGCGGCCCCGGUGGGGGGCCUUUGCCCACUCGGCUUCCCUGCCUGACUGCUCUUGUGCACCUUCUGAGCCGCAACAGGGACCAGCCCCGGCCUCCUCCCAGCUCAGCAGCGGCAGCUGGCAGACAGUGCCCCUCUAACUCUCACCUCCUCCUCCUGUCCCCUGGGCACCGGAAGUCCCCAUAACACGAGUAUCUCAUGGGGUGCCAUGAUUGAGGCUCCAGCCCCUCUUGCACACUGGCCUUGACUCCACCCACUUCCAGGGGUGAGGUGGCACCCUGUGUCCCUAGCAAUGACACUUGAGCUGUUCCGUUAGGGUGCUGAGAUCAGCUCUGGCUUGCAGAACUUAGCUGUUUGAGUUAAACUCCAAAGUCCCUUAAAAAGUACUUUUUUAAAAUAUCAAGGUUUAAAUGAUGAGAAACAUUCUUUGAAUUUUUUUUUGCGAGGAGAGCGUACCUUAAUAGGAAAUGUUUCCCGUUUGUUCAUAAAUGUACAAGAAUGUGACCUGGGGUGGCAUGGCCAUGGACCCUGGCCCAGCUGUGAGCCUGAAGAGGAGGGCAGGAGGAAGGGCGAGAUAUGCCAACACCCAAGGGCAUCAGCAGCCCCAUGUGCCAGUCAGCUGACACUUAGUAAGUGCCAGUUGUAUGCAGGAAACUGGGUGCAGGUGCUCUGAGGGUCCUUCAUGUGCCUUAACUGGGGUGUGCACACCCCUCCCCCACAUGCACACUCUCACACACACACACUCCUUCGAGACAGUGCUGGGGGGUGUCCCUUCAACCUCCUGCUUGUCUCACCAAGGCCCACACAGGCCCCCCAGCCCAGGCUGCCCUGCAACCGCUGCCUCUUCAAGGCUGCACCCAGAAGAUUCUUCUAUUUUAAGGAAAAUCACUUUUGUUGCUUGGUAACUUCUACAGCAUUUUGUAGGGCACGAACAAUGUCGUAAGGUGCACUUUUCUCCCUGGGGCGGUCCUGACACAUCGAAGGCUCCGGUAUGCAUGCCCGUGCCGGCUCCAGGUACUGAAGAGCUUCUCUUAGAGCCCCUUAGGGGCGUCAGAGCAGCGGGCCCCAAACCCCAGGCACUCACAGCCCACGCCCACCACUGUCAUAACCAAGGACCUCAUACCCUCACACUGCCUUAGUAUUUUCUUUAAAUCAACAUCCUGUAUUUACUCCCAGCUCUAGUCUUGUGCUGAACAAUGUAGCUGUGCAGUCACAGGUUGGUGUGCUGGUUACAUGUUUCCUAUUCCACGUGAGAAUAAACGCAUUACUGUUAGAAGUC